AUGGGAGCACGUAAGGCAUGGCCAUGCAAAGCAGCUAUGCACAGAGGCUCUCGAGAGGUGCUACACUCACAAGCAGCGGACCUUCUCUCAGUAACACAGGCUCACCGGGUUAAAGCCAAGCUGGAGCAGACAGUGCACUACCCGCCUCAGUGCCAAUGGGCUGGUACCGAGAGACAGCCGCCUCCCUGGACCGACGAACUGGCCGAAAUGUCCCGGCAUAUCUACACCCGACACGGGAUAGGAGAAGGUGUUCAGAAGCCCAUUUUUCAGGUGAACAGAGGAACCUAUUCUCGCCGCAGCCGACUCAAGAGGUCCGAUGGUAGCACCACCUCCACCAGCUUCAUCCUCCGCCAGGGUUCAGCUGAUUCCUACACUAGCAGGCCGUCUGACUCAGAUGUGUCUCUGGAGGAGGAGCAGGUCGGCCAUCAGGAGCGAGAGCAGCAGGCCACAGUGCAACUUGAGAGGGCGAAGGCCAAAGCAGUGGCCUUUGCCGUGAAGACGAACGUCAGUUACUGUGGUGCUCUGGAUGAGGAUGUUCCUGUGGCUGGAACUGCCAUUUCUUUUGAUGCUAAAGACUUUCUCCACAUCAAAGAGAAGUACAACAAUGACUGGUGGAUAGGGCGACUGGUGAAAGAGGGUUGUGAUAUUGGUUUUAUUCCCAGCCCUUUAAAACUGGAGAACAUCCGUCUCCAGCAGGAGCAGAAGAGAGGACGCUUCCAUGGGAAGUCCAGUGGGAACUCCUCCUCCAGUCUGGGAGAGAUGGUGUCCGGCACCUUCAAACCUAACCCUCCCUCUGCUGCAAAACAGAAGCAGAAAGUGGCUGAGCACAUUCCUCCUUAUGAUGUUGUCCCCUCCAUGAGGCCAGUGGUUCUGGUUGGACCUUCUUUAAAGGGAUAUGAGGUGACAGAUAUGAUGCAGAAAGCGCUCUUUGACUUCCUGAAGCACAGGUUUGAUGGCAGGAUAUCUAUUACAAGAGUGACUGCAGACAUCGCUUUAGCAAAGAGAUCUGUGCUGAACAACCCGAGCAAGAGAGCCAUCAUUGAAAGAUCCAACACCAGGUCAAAUCUGGCUGAAGUUCAGAGUGAGAUCGAAAGGAUCUUCGAACUGGCAAGGUCUCUUCAGCUGGUUGUGCUGGAUGCUGACACAAUCAACCACCCAGCCCAGCUCAUUAAGACCUCACUAGCACCUAUUAUCGUCCAUGUCAAAGUGUCCUCUCCCAAGGUCUUACAGCGGCUGAUCAAAUCACGUGGGAAGUCGCAGAGCAAGCACCUGAAUGUACAAUUGGUGGCUGCAGACAAAUUGGCUCAGUGUCCUCCAGAAAUGUUUGACAUAAUUUUGGAUGAGAACCAGCUGGAGGAUGCCUGUGAACACCUGGCAGAGUACCUGGAGGCCUACUGGCGGGCAACACACACCUCUCUGAGCACUCCACUCAACCCUCUACUGGGACGCAACCUAGGGUCCACUGCUCUCUCUCCAUACCCCACAGCUAUCUCUGCUCUGCAGGGCCAAAGAAAUAGAAACAGCAAUCAUGUCAGUGACCAUUCCCCAAUCGAGAGGCGCAGUCUGAUGACCUCGGACGAAAACUACCACAACAACGAGCGGCAGCGGAAGAGUCGCAACCGUCUGUCGUCCACAUCCCAGCAGAGCCGAGACCACUACCCGCUGGUGGAGGAGGACUACCACGACCCCUACCAGGACACGUACAAACCCCACCGCAACCGCAGCUCUCCAGGGGGAUACAGCAACGACUCUCGCCACAGGCUCUGAGUCCAGCCUCCUCCACACCUCUACAGCCACAGCUCCAGUGUCUUGUGUUGAGUCCUUUUUCUGAAAUGUAGUACCUUGUAUUCCCUCUGGCACUGGUUCCCACCAAUGGGCUGUCUAACCUUCUGCAUAGAUCUGGCCACUUUUGCCUUUCAUUAUGAGGCUAUUGUCUACAAAGUGUUUGCAAAAGAAUUUGGAGGUCCUCUAGUUAAGAAAUACCCCAGGAGGGAAAUUAUGGUACUGAAACUGGACAGAUGAUUAUUAGUUGUCUGGUAAAUAAUUCCACAGGGUCCAUGUCCAGGUAAAAUGGUCUUCUAGCUCUUCAUAGGUCCUGUCCUGUACGUUUGAAGGGCCAGCUGUCGAGGCAUGCUUGUUUGAGCCCUGUACCAGUGCCAGCAUGCAGAAAUGCCACAGCGCCAAGAGCCUCCGAUAAACCCAGAGCCUUUUUUGCACGUUUUCAGCAGACAGUGGAAGUAGAGUUUAACGAUCCAGGGUGAUCCACUGGUAUAAUGAUGAUGUUAGACUUGAUUUGGAGGUACUCAGGUACAGAACAGAUCACAUGUGCCAAAAUGUUGAGUAAAGUUUUGACCUCAAAUUCACCCCGCUUUCCAAAGGCCUGUCCACUUCUCAGAGUAGCAUUGUGCAAUUUCUGAUGAACUGUCAAAAAGCUGCAUUCUCUGCUAGGACAAAGCAAGUACUCUCGCUCAUUUGUUAUUACUUACUCGAUAGCGAAUACGCCCUAACAAUGUUGAACGCUUGUUCUGUUUUUCUGCAAGCCUUGUUCUGUGCAUAAUUCUGAAUUCUGAAUAUUGUAUGGUUGUUUUGAUUCUUCUGACAUUUGGCACUAAAACAACCUGUUCAUUCAGUAAUAAAUGCUACUUUUGUGAAUGGGACCAGGCAAACCUUUCCAGAGUGUCCUUCAGACCCCAUUCAGGUUCACAAAUGCUUAUUUUCUAAUCAAGCCUGUUUUUACAGCAGAGUAUGAGGAAUUAAAAAUCAGAAAUCAAACUCUAUGAGCUAAAUGGUGCCCUACACAGUACAGAGGUCAUAUAAUUACAAGACAGCGUACUUAAAAUGACAGAAGUCAUAUGUAAAAGCUUAGUCAGUACAUUUGUCUAGUUUCUUUAGAGCCAGAUUUGUAAUUACUCAAUAUGUGCCAAUGAAGAGUCAUAUUAUUGUUACGUUGUUACAGUUCAUUUUUCAAAUGCUGCUCUCAAUGCCGUUGUUAUGCAUCUGAAAUCACUAACGUUUGGGCGGAAUUAGAUAAAAGGUUUUGUCAUUUGGCAUGGCAAGCUGAAAAUGAGGAUGUAGUUUUAGAUGUGAUUUGGCUGUACCUAUUUUUGAUAGAACAAAGCCCCACUCGGCACGUUGUUGAUGUUGAAUACUGAUUGCGUGUAGAUUAAUGAUGCUAACCUAUUCAUUUCUUCUCACAGAGAAGAGUACUGUACAGCAAGUGUCAUGUGAUAGUAAUAGCACAUCCUGUAAUGUGAUUGCACUUUGGGUAUAGCUUAAGAGUAGAGGGGAGUCAGCUCGAAUAGUAGAUUGGGCAUCCAUGACGUCCUGAUAGUUUUAGGGUUAUCUAACCUGUAUAUGGAGAAAGUUAAGGGAGCAAUAAGCAGUGUUUAACCACAUAUUAAAAAGCAUUAAUAUAAUCUAAAUAUGUAUUAGUAUUAUUUAAUUUUAUUUAGUAGGCAGUGGCCGUCAACCGGUAGGAAAUGACCUUUGCUUACAAGUGAUCAUGCAGGUUACAUUCUGUCCUGAUGUGACUGUAGAUCAUAACACUAUGGACAGCCUUACUACCUGCAUGAGUAUAACACAGAAGGGUUACUUAUUGCUCCUUUAUCUCAUAUAUUAUUUAUAUGUACCCUCGAUUUAACUCAUGCAUAAUCUUUGAACAAGACAGUAAAAACUGAGUAGUU